GUUAGCCUGCGUAGUGGUGAUGUACUGUCAGUGCUGCUGGGUAAUUCACCUGCGAGAUAAGCGAUGUUUCAGCGGACGUUUCACAUAACGUGUAUUAACUAAAACAGGACUAAAGCGAUCAACUGCCAGAUUUAAAUUGUACUCCCGACUAAAGCAAGAGAGUCGGUCGCUGAAAGAUGGGGGAGUUUGAGAGCAGUGCUCUGGGCCGGGUAACGGUGUACUCCAUCCAGGGCUGCCCACACUGUGUGCAGGCGAAGGCCACCCUGGGGCGUUUGGGAGUACCGGUAUGUGACGUGGAUGUGGGGAGGCAUCCAGAGCUAAGAGCCAGGGUGAAGGAACUGACAGGACGCAGCUCAGUCCCUCAGAUCUUCUUCAACAACAUUCAUGUAGGGGGCAACGAUGACCUACAGAAACUGGCUCCUGAGGAGCUUCAGAGGUUGGUAAAUAUGGUCAAGGAUGAGCCUCUUCCAGCAGAUGCUCCACCACUACCAGAGACUCAAUCAGAGGAGACGACUGUGGACACCGAUGGAGCCCUCGCAGAGUUUAAGUGUGAGAGAGAUGAGUUGGCAGACCUGGUAGAGGACCUCAAACAUGGCAGUGUGAUUGGCCAUCAUAGGAGGGGACUGACAUUAUACAAAAAGAGCUUCUCAGGGGAUCAACUGGUUGACUGGCUGCAAAAAGAGAAGGGGAUGGCCAGGGCUGAGGCCUGUAAAACUGGCCAAGCUUUGUUGCAGAAGAAGUACAUGGUCAGUGUGCGUGGCAGUGGGCAGCAGGAUGGCAGUUUUGGAGAUGGGAAAGACGCCAUGGACACACUGUAUAGGCUGCUGGAGGACGACCCUCAUUCAGCCCUCAACGCAGGACAGACGGCAGCCUGCAGUCCCAUCCAGGCUGCUGAGCUGUCUUUGCUUUUACGAGAGAUGAUUCUGAAAUUGUUCUCCGAGCAUCUCUCUGCUGAUGGCAAGUCUGUGGACUACAAAGGCAUGUCUGUGAACCCUGCCUUUGAGCGGUACUGUGAGCUAGCCAUCCAGCUGCAGAGGGUAGAGCUGCUUUCGCUGAGUCGGGAGGAGAAGCUGGCCUUCUUCAUCAACAUCUACAAUGCCUUGGUCAUCCAUGGGUACCUACGCAUGGGGGCCCCCACCAACAUGUGGCAAAGAUACAGAUUCUUCAACUAUGUGAGCUACCUGAUUGGAGGAGAAGUGUUCACGUUACAGGACAUUGAGAAUGGAGUUCUGAGAGGGAACAGAAAAGGUGUCGCACAGCUCCUAAGGCCGUUCUCUAAAACCGACCCACGACUACAAGUGGCUCUUCCAGAUGCUGAGCCCCUCAUUCACUUUGCCUUGAACUGCGGCGCAAAGGGCUGCCCGCCAAUUAAAACAUACUCUCCACAGGACAUUGACAUUCAGCUCCGCUUAGCGGCUGAGUCCUUCCUGGAGAAUGACGACGGCUGCGUGGUGGAUUCUGGGAAAAGAGAAGUGCGACUCAGUCAGAUAUUCAAGUGGUACAAAACUGACUUUGGAGGCACUGAUGAAAAGUUGCUGAAGUGGGUUUUGGAGCACAUGGGGGACUCUCCGAAGAAGACAAGCCUGCAGGGUGUCCUUUCUGCUGGGAAGAUCAAAGUCAGCUUCCUCCCUUACGACUGGAGUACCAACAGCGCCCACUGAGCAUGCCCACACAAAUACGCACACGCCCCCGCUACGUGCUACGUGUCUUUGCAUCAUCCACUUUCUGCCGAGCUGCGUCUACUGAAAAACCAGGAAUUGGUGAUCUGGUGCUCGCCAAACUCGACCCACUUGUCUUCAGCCAUGCAAAUGUUUUUUAUGCAAAACAAACUGUAUAUCCAUGUGGCGAGAGGGGCGCGUUUGCACUGUACCACUGAAUCAUACUUCUCUUGUAGGCUCAUCCUAGCUUUAAGGUCCUAUUGGAAGCUCCUACACCCUGUGUUUGGAAGUCAUGUAUUGAGUUUUAUAUUCAAGUUUUUAUUGGUUUGACGUAAUAACAGAGUUCCUAUUUCAGAAAUCAAGUUGCACACAGACUGUGUACUGUAGCAGCAUAAUUACAACCCCAAUUCCAAUGAAGUUGGGACGUUGUGUAAAACGUAAAUACAAACAGAAUACAAUGAUUUGCAAAUCCUUUUCAACCUAUGUUCAAUUUAAUACACCAUGAAGACAAGAUAUUUAAUGUUCAAACUGAUAAACUUUGUUUUUUGCAAAUAUUCACUCACUUUGAAUUUGAUGCCUGCAACACGUUCCAAAAAAGCUGGGACAGGGGCAUGUUUACUGCUGUGUUACAUCACCUUUCCUUUUAACCACACUCAAUAAGCGUUUGGGAACUGUACAACUUCAGAUGCUCAACAGUCCGGGGUCUCCGUUGUCAUAUUUUGCGCUUCAUAAUGCGCCACACAUUUUCAAUGGGAAACAGGUCUGGACUGCAGGCAGGCCAGUCUAGUACCCGCACUCUUACUACGAAGCCAUGCUGUUGUAACACGUGCAGAAUGUGGCUUGGCAUUGUCUUGCUGAAAUAAACAGGGACGUCCCUGAAAAAGAUGUUGCUUGGAUGGCCUCGUAUGUUGCUCCAAAACCUGUAUGUACCCUUCAGCAUUAAUGGUGCCUUCACAGAUGUGCAAGUUACCCAUUCCAUGGGCACUAACUCACCCCCAUACCAUCACAGAUGCUGGCUUUUGAACUUAUGACUUCCAGAUGGUCCUUUUCCUCUUUGGCCCGGAGGACACGACGUCCAUAAUUUCCAAAAACAAUUUGAAAUGUGGACUCGUCAGACCACAGCACACUUUUCCACUUUGUGUCAGUCCAUCUCAGAUGAGCUCGGGCCCAGAGAAGCCAGCGGCGUUUCUGGGUGUUGUUGAUAUAUGGCUUUCGCUUUGCAUUGUAGAGUUUUAACUUGCACUUGUUGAUGUAGCGACGAACUGUGCUAACUGACAAUGGUUUUCUGAAGUGUUCCUGAGCCCAUGUGGUAAUAUCCUUUACACAUUGAUGUUGGUUUUUAAUGCAGUGCCGCCUGAGGGAUCGAAGGUCACGGGAAUUCAAUGUUGGUUUUUGGCCUUGCCAUUUAUGUGCAGAGAUUUCUCCAGAUUCUCUGAAUCUUUUGAUGAUAUUAUGGACCGUAGAUAAUGAAAUCCCUAAAUUCCUUGCAAUUGUACGUUGAGAAACGUUGUUCUUAAACUGUUGGGCUAUUUGCUCACGCAGUUGUUCACAAAGUGGUGAACCUCGUCCCCAUCCUUGCUUGUAAAUGACUGAGCCUUUCGGGGAUGCUCCUUUUAUAUCCAGUUAUGACACUCACCUGUUUCCAAUUAACCUGUUUACCUGUGGAAUGUUCCAAACAGGUGUAUUUUGAGCAUUCCUCAGCUUUCCCAGUCUUUUGUUGCCCCUGUCCCAGCUUUUUUGGAACAUGUUGCUGGCAUCAAAUUCAAAGUGAGUGAAUAUUUGCAAAAAACAAUAAAGUUUAUCAGUUUGAACAUGGAAUAUCUUGUCUUUGUAGUAUAUUAAAUUGAAUAUAGGUCGAAAAGGAUUUGCAAAUGAAUGUAUUCUGUUUGUAUUUGCGUUUUACGCAAUGUCCCAACUUCAUUGGAAUUGGGGUUGUAGUAAGAUGAAAUGCACAUUAUUAAUGCCCUAUGUAAAAUGUCACAGCCUGAAAAUUGACACAUUUCCCAAAUUAAUUUUGAGUAAAUUAUCAGAGAAUGCUAACGGAAAGCAUAUUGUAUAAUAACAACAACAAUCAUCAGUAUGGCUUCAAUGUUCACCAGUCCUAGUCUUUAAACACCGUGUCAGCCACUCAGGAGUCACAGAUUAUCACAAUCGUGUCUGUCCAACACAACACUCAUUGGGCUAUUUAUGUGGAGAAUUUAAUCAGAGCUGCUGGAGAUGAUAAUUUGGCUGAUUCAAACACACUGCCUUGACAAGCCAUAUCAAAACCCUUUGAACUUACAGAACCUAGUAAUUCACGUUAAGCGGGCUGCAGCUUUUCAACAAAGCUGCUCCGUCAUUUAUAGUCAUAAUUUUUUAACCCGCAGAUGUAAACAAGUUGAUUUUUUUUCUACAGGGGAAGAAAGUAAUAGCUGUUGCAGUUUUAACACCGCGCCCAGGGGAUAUUAAAUGCUAAAAUAUAAACACAACUCUGCUUGUAGCUGUAAAUCACCAGAUGUUUGCCUUUUAAAGAUUUUGUAAAGAAAAGUAUGAACAUUUCCUUUUCUGAGCAUCUAUGACCCAGGUAUCAAGAUCUUUUUCAUUGGACAAACAACAUCUGGUUUGAUGCUGCUACUGCCACUUAUCUUCUCAAAGCAUUGGCACAUGUUGGACAGGGACUGUAGCUUGGAGUAGAAGCUGUGAGGGGGCUGUAUCCUCUGAUGUCCUCAUCUUUGCAGACAACAGCCUCAGUAGGAUCCAGUCCCUGAAUAAAAACGGUGUCCUUGUUUAGAGCACACAAACAGAUGCAGCAUGACUUUUGCAUGUAUUGAUCAGUUUUUUUUAUUUUUAUUUAUAACCCCUGGCGGUAUUUUGUUUCUUCCUUUCUCCAUGUGAUCCCACAUGGUUGUUCACCCCACUUUUUGAUCCAGGUCUUCCAUUUGAAAUCAGAAAAGUGCUACUGCUGUGUUUUGGCACAGUUAUUUAGUAAAAGAUAUAGGAAUAUUGUGAAUUAUUGAACUAUCAAUUAAAACUAUAUAUUUGGAUGCACUCUUGA